UGACUGCGCAUGCGCUGUGGGACGGCGAAGUCCUGCGCACGCGCGCCGGGAGGCCGGCUGUUCGUUUUUGUGAGGCGCCGCCGUACCUCAGGGCCGGCCUAGGCUUUGCCGGGGGUGUGUGGCAGGCCAGUGUAUCUUGCGGGUUGAGGGAGGCCGCCAGCUAGCCCGCCAGCCGGCCAGCUAACGGGAGCGUGCCGCUCCCGCCGGGUUUAGCCGUCAGGCCUCCCGGGACAGGACUUCUGGCCGCUGCCGCUGCGGGAAAGUCGUGGGGACUUGUCGGCGCGAGGACCUGCCAGGAUGAAGCUGGUGAGGAAGGACCUGGAAAAGGACAAUGCGGGACAGGUGACGCUGAUCCCUGAGGAGCCCGAGGACAUGUGGCACACCUACAACCUGCUGCAGGUGGGUGACAGCCUGAGGGCCUCCACCAUCCGGAAGGUGCAGACCGAGUCUUCCACGGGCAGCGUGGGCAGCAACCGCAUCCGUACCACCCUUACCCUCUGUGUGGAGGCCAUCGACUUUGACUCGCAGGCUUGCCAGCUGCGUGUCAAGGGCACUAACAUCCAAGAAAAUGAGUAUGUCAAGAUGGGGGCCUACCACACCAUCGAGCUGGAGCCCAACCGGCAGUUCACUUUGGCAAAGAAGCAGUGGGACAGCGUGGUAUUGGAGCGUAUCGAGCAGGCCUGCGACCCAGCGUGGAGCGCUGAUGUGGCAGCUGUGGUCAUGCAGGAGGGGUUGGCUAACGUCUGCCUGGUCACUCCAAGCAUGACGCUUACCCGUGCCAAGGUGGAGGUGAACAUCCCUCGCAAGCGGAAAGGGAACUGCAGUCAGCACGACCGAGCCCUGGAGAGGUUUUACGAGCAGGUGGUGCAAGCCAUCCAGCGGCAUAUCAACUUCGAGGUUGUGAAGUGUGUACUGGUGGCUAGCCCAGGCUUCGUGCGGGAGCAGUUUUGUGACUACAUGUUCCAGCAGGCAGUCAAGACUGACAACAAGCUUCUUCUGGAGAACAGGUCCAAGUUCUUACAGGUCCAUUCUUCCUCAGGACACAAAUACGCACUGAAGGAAGCCCUCUGCGACCCAGCUGUAACUAGCCGUCUGUCUGACACUAAGGCAGCUGGUGAGGUCAAAGCUUUAGAUGACUUCUAUAAAAUGCUGCAACAUGAGCCUGACCGGGCUUUUUAUGGUCUAAAACAAGUGGAGAAGGCCAAUGAAGCUAUGGCCAUCGAUACCUUGCUGAUCAGUGAUGAGCUUUUUCGGCACCAGGAUGUGGCUACACGUGCUCGAUACGUUAAGUUGGUAGAUAGCGUACGGGAAAAUAUGGGUACAGUACGCAUUUUCUCCAGCCUUCAUGUGUCUGGAGAGCAGCUUGGCCAGCUGACAGGGGUGGCAGCCAUCCUGCGCUUUCCUGUUGCUGAGCUAUCUGACCAGGAAGAUGAAUCUAGCUCUGAAGAGGAUUGAUAACAGUGACUUCAUUUCCAAGUCAUGUUGAAAUGACAUUAAAGACCCUCCCUUCCUAAAUAUGGUGUGCAGAUGUGUAAUGACAUGUAAUUUAAGUUUUUGAUGGUAUUUUGUACAGUACAUAGCUCUGCUCAGCACACUAGUGGUAAUGAUUAUUGGUUCUGUGGUAAUGAUUAUUGGUAUAUUGUGCAUUAGAGCUGACUAUUUUUGCAAGCUACACCUUGGACCUCCAGCAGUACAAGAAGCUGAUUUGACUCCCCAAAGUUGCUCGUUCUGUAUGUUGAGGCAAAUUGACAGUUUAGUAUUUUAGAAUGUGUAUGAAAAGAUAAUAAACUAAGAGGAAGAAAGUAUGUUAGACCAUCUAUUUCUGUUCAGGUGCUUGGAAAGAGUAUUGCAGAACAAAUAAAAACUUCAUGCAAGACCUAGCAAAACUGCUUGAUCUUCUUGGGAAUUCACUGUUAUUCCUAAGAUGUGGCAAAGGAAUAGGAUCAACAAAAUCUGUAGGGGGUUUUGUGGUAUUAUGAGUCUAACUACUUAAAUAUUUCUGUGAAACUUGAAAAUCUUUCACAAACCAGACCCUUUAAAUUAACCACUUCCUUCCUAAUAUCAUAGUACAUGCAAGACAAACUGUGAGGCUCAGUGCACUGAUUUUGAUUAUCCUUCUGAAUGCUGUUACCUUUGGAGAUUGUCUUGGAUGCUAACAAGGUAUGGUGUAUCUUGUAAUUGACUAUAUUCUCAUAAAUUUGCAUUUUAGCACCUAGUUCUGACAAGGUGUAUGAAAAAGCUUACAAAAUCAGGGCCCUAGUUUACAUGAGGAAACUUCUGAUAGCAAAUAGUUCAUAAUCUGAUAUUUUUCUAUUUGUGUACCUCUUUAAAAACAUAUGUAAGCUUUGAUACAGAGGUAAAGAUUUGUACAUUUAACUUCAGCUUAAGGUAAUGAGAACUUGAAAAAUCAAAAUUACUUUCCCAGUUCUUUGAUCUGCUCAAACUACUGAGCCACUGUGAGUUUUGUUUCUUUACUGGACCAUGAAUUUUAGACUGAGGAAGCAUAAUCUACUUUCAGAUUCUGAAAUAUCUUCAUCGUAAACCAGUGUUUUUUGGUGUAGGUUGUGUGUGUAGCUAGGCAUUCCUUUUUUUUAAAUAUGAUGGGAGAGGGGGAACAGGAGAGACUUGCCAAAAUUAAAUUUCAUUUAAGCAAACCAUGGAGUACUUGAAGAAUAUGGAAAUGGACAUAACAAUGGAAGAUGAAAAACACUAAGACUUUUAUUCAGAGUGGAAUAAUUUUAGGAAAAGCUUUUCUAAUGGUACUCCCAUAUGCUGAUGGGUGCCAGCCCUGUGAAUUUGGUAUUAUCUA